AUGCCGGUUCCUAGGUUCUCCAGGUUUUUCAAUCGACCUGACAAGCUGUUUGCAGCCUGCCCACCCAACCCAAAUACGUCAGAUAGUACCCAUACCCAGUACACUCUCCAGAUUCCACCAGCAAUGGGAGACUCGCCCUUCUGUAUCCUUCCUAUCGAGCUGUUCGACCACAUCAUAAGCCUGCUUCCCAUCGCAGACCGCAAGUCCCUUCGUCUCACGUGUCGCAGCCUCAAUCCCCUCUCCACCCCCUGGGUCUACAGAGACCUCUACAUCCCCAUGACCAAUUUCAUGAGUCAACAGCAAAAGUUCGAGGAAGGCUUCCCCCAGCUCGUUACAAAGUACGGUCAUUUUGUGAGAACCCUUGUCGUGGAUGGAACUGAAGGCAGACACAUACCUCAGUGGACAUGCCCAUUCCGAAUCAUUCCGUAUCUCAAUUUCCUUCCCAAUCUGCAGGAUACCUCGAUCUGGGGCCGUUGCGCCAUGAACGAGCCGUUUCACCAUCACCAUUCUGAUCUGUUUCUUCGGGCUAGUCUGCUCACUCCGCCACAGCACCGUAUCUUUCGGCACCUUCGUUCUGUGGAACUAAGCAUCGCUUACGUCAAAGUCGGAGGAACCGGACAGUUCUUCAUGAUCAUUCCGUCCGUGGAAAAGCUCAUCCUCCACGGCUUGAGGCUCGACACGUUUAAUUUCAGCGACCUGGGUCAAUUCCACGGCCAGACGAACCUCAAAUCGCUGACGCUGAACUGGCCCUUCAUCAAUCUGGAGUCUUUGAAAGCCAUGCUCGCGUUCCCCAAGGCUUUGACCUACCUCGAGAUUCAAUGCUGUUCGCAUCUCUUUUGGUGCUGCAAUCCCGCCUGGACUCCCAAGCGUCUGUUGGAUGCCCUUUCUGCGCAGCGCGAGUCCCUGGAGGUUCUGAAGCUGCGCGAGACGGAGAAGGUCAUGGAGGUCAAGCUGUUGGCUAGUGCGUUUUGUUCCCGUCCGCCAGACCCUAGUACGCCGGAGUAUCAAUUUGAUCUGUCUGCGUUUCCGCGAUUGAGGGUGUAUGAAGGCUUCAUUCCGGAUACGUCGGGUAGGUUUCCCCGGCGUGAUCGUCUUGAUGAUGAGACUAUCAGUUCGUGA